AUGGGGCAAAAGGAUAUCCAAUUCAGUUCUCAAACAAAGAUUGCAGGAGCAAUCCAAUUUAGGCCUCAGCAGAAUGAUGAGGAGCUGACAGAUCUGGGAAAUGCACCAGUAUAUCAACCAGGUGAAAAUGAAGCUAAAAAGAACACUACUGAAUCCAUCAUAGAUGAUACUGAAACUAAGGAUAAGGAUACCACACUGGUUGACAAUGAUAACAGCAAUGCCAUUCCCAAUCAAUGGGUUGAAGCUCAAGAUUGUGAAUUGACUGAUUCUUUGAAAAUUGAGACCUCUGAAUUUAUGGUUACAUUUCCAACGCGUUCUACAGAAGUCAGCAUUUCGGUGAGUCAUAGCCCUGUUAAACAGAUGGAAUCCGUUGAGAAACAGUCUAGUCAUGAAAGUCUGAAAGAAGAAGAGGCAUCAAAGAGUCCCAACAAAAGCGAGGUGCCCAACCUUGUAAACCGGAUAGCGUCCAUUGACAAACAGUGUAAGCAUGAACCUGUGAUAGAAGGUGAGGCAUCGAGGUGUCCUAUCAAAAGCGAGGAGCCCAACCUUUGCAACCCAAAUUCUCAGGUAUCUGAAAAGGGUCCCAACAAAAGCGAGGAGCCCAACCUUGUAAACCAGAUAGAGUCCAUUGACAAACAUGUGAAUUCUGUUUCUAGCGAUUCUGUGUCAAUUAAUGAAAAUGAAAAGAAUGAACUAAUGAAUAAUUUGAAUGCUGAUAAUUUACAUUUAGAAUUAGAAGCUAGUUAUCCAGAGGGGGCCUACCAAUCAUCCACUGAAGUACCUCCAGUUGGUGGUUCUUUGAAUGGUCAAGAGCCAGGUGUGUAUCAGAGCUGUACAGAGAUUGAUGAGACCCUUGCUGCUAGUAACCAUGCAGACCUUAUCAAGAAAGUUGAUAGUGCAGAUGUUGGUUCUUCUGAAAAACUGAAUUUAGAUAGAAGUUCAGGGGAUGAAUCACUGGAGGAUGAUGGAUUAGAGAGUAAACAAAGUAAUGUUAUUCAAAAUACUGUUGAAGUCACAGACAAGGAUGAAGUAUCAAAAUUGUGUCCAAUGAAAGAGGACAUUGCUGCUGUGGCUGAUUCCUCUCCAAAUGAGAAGAAUGUUAUUGUAGAGAGAAGCAAUGACUCAGUGAAUAUUGGGGAGAAAAGAAAAAUUGAAGGUGAUCAGGAGGCACCCAGGGUCAAUGACCCUUCAAAGAGGCAGUGUCAGUGGAGCUCGGAGCCACUCAGGACCACACUCAGUAAUCCCGACUCUCCCGAUAAUGGAGGUGCCUCUAAAGAGCGCAUUGUUCCUCCAUCGGAAAAGCCCGAAACUACUUCUUUGAGGAUUGACCAAUUCCUGCGUCCAUUCACUCUAAAAGCUGUUCAAGAGCUUCUGGCAAAAACUGGGACUGUCUCUAAAUUCUGGAUGGACCACAUCAAGACCCACUGUUAUGUCACUUAUUCAUCAGAGGAGGAAGCAAUGGCAACUCGAAAUGCUCUCUACAAUCUACAGUGGUCUAAUGGUGGCCGCUGCCUUACAGCUGAGUUUGUUGAUCCUGAAGAGGUUAAGGUCAAACUUGAAACUCCCUUAUCUUCACCUGCUACUACAACAGCAAAUUCUAACAAACAGAACUCACGUCAACAACCUCCAAACAAUGCCACUCCCUUGCCUUCUCAGCCUUCUCUCUCUAAACAACCACCCCUCGCCAGAGAGACACUGGCUCCACCUCCUCCCCAUUCUAAGAAACCAGCACCACCUAUUCUCACAUUCUGA